CUUCACUUCUUGUUCCCAUCUCGGACCGGACCGGACCGGAUGAGACCAGACCGGACCUGACGAGCGAGCGUCCAGAAGCAGACGAAGGCCGACCGCAGCUCCUCGUCAUCCUCCUCAUCGUCGUCGAGUUAUGGGGAACUGCCAGCCCACCGUUGUGCCCUACGAGGACUUUGACGUCGUGGCUGACAUCAAGGCCAUCCGGAAAGCCUGCAGGGGACUCGGCACCGACGAGCAGGCCGUCAUCGACGUCCUGGCCAACCGCAGCUCAGAUCAGCGGCAGGAAAUCAAGCAGGCGUACUACGACAAGUACGACGACGAGCUGACGGACGUGCUGAAGCGCGAGCUGUCGGGCAGCUUCGAGAAGGCCGUCCUGGCCAUGCUGGACCCGCCCGUGGUCUACGCCGUCAAGGAGCUGAGGAGGGCCAUGAAGGGGGCGGGCACCGACGAGGACGUGCUGGUGGAGAUCCUGUGCACCGCCACCAAUGCCGACAUUGCCUUGUUCAGGGAAUGCUACUUUCAAGUGCACGAGCGCGACCUGGACGCCGACAUCGAGGGAGACACGAGCGGCGACGUGAGGAACUUGCUCAUGGCUCUCAUGCAGGGCAACAGAGACGAGAGCUACGAGGUGGACGAGGAGCUGGCAGAGCAGGACGCCACCUCUCUCUUCGAGGCGGGCGAGGGUCGAUUCGGGACGGACGAGUCUACCUUCAGCUACGUCCUGGCUUCCAGGAACUACCUCCAGCUCCAGGCCACCUUCAAGACGUACGAGCAGCUGUCCGGCAUGGAAAUUUUGGACGCCAUCGAGAACGAGACUUCGGGCACGCUGAAGAGAUGCUACGUGGCUCUCGUGAGAGUGGCCAAGAACCCGCAGCUCUACUUCGCCAGACGUCUGAACGACGCCAUGAAGGGGGCGGGGACUGACGAGGACACGCUCAUACGCGUCAUCGUGUGCCGCUCGGAGUACGACCUGGAGACCAUCAAGGACCUGUACCUGGAGAAGUACGACGUGUCCCUGAAGGACGCGCUGAGGGACGAGUGCAGCGGCGACUUCAAGCGCCUCCUGCUGGCCGUGUGCCACUGAGGGCGCCGCCCCCGACGUGUCGCCAGAGGUCAAACGUUUGCCCUCAGAGUCUUUAGGUUGCUUAUUGUCUUUUUAACCUGACCUUGCUAAAUCUUUGUGCGCGUUAGUCACUAACCAACCAGUUUCUGAACCAUUUUACGGCCUUUGUGCAGGAAGUAAAAAGGCCUGAAUGUGUUAUGAGAGCGUCGGAUACAGCACAAACAUGGGUGCAAACAACUUGCAACUACUGAUCAAAGUUUUUCUUCAAAGUUCUUUUCCUAUAGUGACUUUUCUGGCCUGAGUUAAUGAUUUUGUAUCCCUCGAAAAUGGUACAGCCGGGAAAAAAGUAAAUGACCUCACGUUUUGUACUACUGCAACACGAGCAACGCAUUCCGCUUCUGUGAGUGAUUUGAUGUGAAAAUGUCGUUUCUCACGUCUGGGUCGUUAUUUGUGGCCUACGCACGCACCACCUCUCACCGAUUGUCGACUGGUGUGACGCAAUCGCAAACCUUGCGCAAUUUUGCACUUUCUCCACUUUGUAUUCCUUUUGAACUGGUUCAAACAAACUGCCACUAAAGCAGCAACCAUAUCACACAAACAACAAGUUGCUGCAGUUUGAGCUCAGAAAGUCCUGUAUUGGCAGGUUGAAUUGGAAUUUGAAAAAAAGUGGAGAAAUUGGAGAUUUUGUCAACAUUUGACCAGCCCUGUAAGUGCUUUUGAUGAAAGCAGGUUUAUGAAGGAUAUGCAAAGUUAUGUGAACACAACUAGAGAGAGAGAGAGCGAUUGAAUUUUGUUUUGCUUGUAGCGUAAAGAAACAAUGUAUUCAUUUACAGACUGUUGUUAUUUUGUCCAAUGCACCUAGAAAGACUUGACAGACACAACUACACCUCAUCUUCUAUUCAAUUUUUGGGAAUAUUACACUGCUAGCAGCUAGAACAGAGUGCUGGUUGGAUGAUGGGACUGUGGCAGCUGAGAUACAUUCAAGUACCAAUCGUGUAAAAAAUUGGACUAUCAAAAUAACCAGUCCAAAUAUUUGUCUGUAUUAUAUGGCCAAGUAAAUGUUGCAGAAAAUAAAAGUUCCCUGUAAUUAA